CUGGACCGGCCCCUCCUGCACAGUACAGCAGGGAACAGCUAAGAAUUAGGAUAUAGUCCCCCCUCAGAGCUACCGGAACCUGAUUCCGCCCCGCACUAUUAGGCAAUAAUCCCUGCCCAACAAGGAACCGCUGUGGGAAGUGUCCCGCUCCAGCAGCUGCACAGGGAAGAAACUUCCAGGGGAGGAGUGAAGGCAGCAGCGGGUCCAAGUGAGAGCCAGACACAGGCAGGGCAGCCCGGAGCCAUAGAAAGUCACUCCUUCGCAUGUGCAGGGCUGCCCACUUACCGACGCCUUCAAACUUCGCUUUGGGGGCCUCCAGCUUCCACACCCAGGAGUAACCCCCCCCCCUUCCCGCGGAGUAAGGUGCGACCCUCCCGGCCCUUCCCAUCUCUGACCUUCAGUCGCGAAGUUGUGAGUCGGCUCCAGGAGGGAGCUGCCAGCCCUUAUGUGCAGGAGGAUGCGGGCCCCGGUGCUAGCGGUGUUGGCCGUGCUGCUACUCGGGACAGUGCGGGCCGCAAUGGAUGAAUGCUAUGAGGAGGGGAGUCCCCAGCGCUGCAUGCCUGAGUUUGUCAAUGCCGCAUUUAACGCGACUGUUGUGGCCACAAACACAUGUGGCACUCCCCCGGAGGAGUACUGCGUACAGACCGGAGUCACCGGGGUAACCAAGUCCUGCCACAUCUGCGACAGCGGCCAGUUUCACCUGCAACACGGCGCCGAGUACCUUACUGACUACAACAACCAAGCAGAGAUUACCUGGUGGCAGAGCCAGACCAUGCUGGCCGGGAUCCAGUACCCCAGCACCAUCAACCUGACCCUGCACCUCGGAAAGGCCUUUGACAUCACAUAUGUACGCUUGAAGUUCCACACGAGUCGGCCUGAAAGCUUUGCACUGUACAAGCGAACACACGAGGAUGGCCCAUGGAUUCCAUACCAGUACUACAGUGGCUCAUGCGAGAAAACCUACCAAAAGUUCAAUAGAGGCUUCAUCCGCACUGGGGAGGAUGAACAACAAGCUCUUUGUACUGAUGAAUUUAGCGACAUCUCGCCAUUAACAGGGGGCAAUGUAGCCUUUUCUACCCUCGAAGGUCGACCCAGUGCAUACAACUUUGACAACAGUCCUGUAUUACAGGAGUGGGUGACUGCUACAGAUAUCCGAGUGACCCUGAAUAGAUUAAACACAUUUGGAGAUGAAGUUUUUAGCGACCCCAAAGUGCUCAAGUCUUAUUAUUAUGCUAUUUCUGACUUUGCUGUCGGGGGCAGGUGCAAAUGUAAUGGCCACGCCAGCGAGUGUGUGCGUAAUGAGUUUGAGAAGAUUGUGUGCAACUGUAAACACAACACUUUUGGCAGUGACUGUGAGAAAUGCUUACCCUUUUAUAAUGACCGGCCCUGGAGGAGAUCGACUGCUGACAGUCCCAACGAGUGUCUACCAUGUAAUUGUAAUGGACGCUCCCAGGAGUGCUAUUUCGAUCCAGAACUGUACCGAUCUACAGGACAUGGUGGACAUUGCACUGGCUGUGCGGACAACACUGAUGGCCCAAAUUGUGAGAGAUGCCGUGAGAACUAUUAUCGUCAGGACAACAAUGAGCCCUGCCAUGCCUGCCAAUGCAACCCAGUUGGCUCUCUUAGCACCCAGUGUGACAACUAUGGACGCUGCAGCUGCAAACCUGGUGUGAUGGGGGAGAAAUGUGAUAGAUGCCAGCCUGGCUUUCACUCUCUUACUGAAGCUGGCUGCAGGCCCUGUGCUUGUAAUCCUGCCGGCAGCACAGACGAGUGCAAUGUAGAGACGGGCCGCUGUAGCUGUAAGGAUAAUGUGGAAGGAUUCAACUGUGAGAGGUGUAAACCUGGAUUCUUCCACCUGGAUGAGGCUAACCCACGUGGCUGCACUCCGUGCUUCUGCUAUGGUCAUUCCUCAGUGUGUAGCAGUGCAGAGGGAUACCGUGUCAGCAGCAUUGUCUCCACAUUUGAGAGUGGUGUGGAGGGCUGGACAGCACAGCAGAGGGAUGGAUCUGAAUACUCGCUCUCCUGGGUCUCUGACAGCAGUGCAGUUUCUGUUAUUUCUGAGAGCUACUUUCCCAUUUACUUCAUUGCACCAGCAAAAUUUUUGGGAAACCAAGGUGCAAGUUAUGGCCAGAACCUCACGUUUAGCUUCCGGGUGGAGCGCCGUGAUACUCGACUUUCUGCAGAGGAUCUUGUGCUCGAAGGAGCUGGACUCAGGGUAUCUGUGCCUCUCAUUGCCCAAGGGAACUCCUACCCAAGUGAAACUACUCAACGCUAUAUUUUCAGGAUGCAUGAAGCCACUGACUAUCCUUGGAGACCAUCAGUAUCACCUUUUGAAUUUCAGAAGAUGUUGCAGAAUCUUACAGCAAUUAAGAUCCGAGGAAGCUACAGCGAACGCAGUGCUGGAUUUCUAGAGGAGGUCAGCCUGGUCACUGCUGUUGCAGGUGCUGGUCCUUCUGCCCCAUGGGUGGAGAUAUGCAGCUGUCCCACUGGUUAUAUUGGUCAGUUCUGUGAGAGGUGCGCUCCUGGCUAUCGAAGAGAGAACCCAAGCCAGGGACCUUACAGUCCUUGUGUGCUGUGUACUUGCAAUGGUCAUAGUGACACAUGUGACCCUGAGUCUGGUGUCUGUGACUGCCAACAUAAUACCGCAGGUCCUCACUGUGAGAGGUGCAGUGAAGGUUAUUAUGGAGAUAGUACAACUGGUAGCGCUUCAGACUGUCAGCCCUGUCCAUGCCCAGGAGGGUCAAGCUGUGCUGUUGUACCAAGGACAAAGGAGGUUGUUUGUACCAACUGCCCCCUGGGGACUACAGGAAAGCGCUGUGAGCUGUGUGAUGAUGGCUACUUUGGAGACCCACUGGGUGAAAAUGGAGCCCCCCGACCAUGUCGAAUUUGUGAGUGCAGCAACAACAUUGACCCCAAUGCCGUUGGUAACUGUGACCGUCUGACUGGAGAGUGCCUGAAAUGUAUCUACAACACGGGUGGAUUUUACUGUGACCGAUGCCGAGAUGGCUUCUAUGGGAAUCCUCUUGCACAAAACCCUGACCUUAAAUGCAGAGCUUGCAGUUGUAACCCAUAUGGUACUGUCAAGGGACAAAGUGGCUGCAACCAGGUGACUGGUCAGUGUGAGUGCCUGCCUCAUGUCACAGAACGGGAUUGUUCAGCUUGUGAGCCAGGAUUCUACAACCUCUUGAGUGGUCGUGGCUGUGAAAGAUGUGAUUGCCACUCCCUAGGCUCCACCAGUGGUCAGUGUGAUGUCCGUACAGGACAGUGUGAAUGCCAUCCUGGCAUCAGUGGCCAACAAUGCCAGCAGUGUGAGCCAAACCACUUUGGAUUCGGCCCAGAAGGCUGCAAACCCUGUGACUGUGAUCCUGAAGGAUCCGGUUCUCUCCAGUGUAAAGAGGAUGGGCGCUGUGAGUGUAAGAGUGGAUUUGUCGGCACUCGCUGUGAUCAGUGUGAGGAAAAUUAUUUCUAUAACCGUUCUGGCCCAGGGUGCCAGGAAUGUCCAGCUUGCUACCGAUUGGUUAAAGAUAAGGUGAAUGAGCAGCGAGGGAAGUUGCAGGAACUAGAGGAUCUCCUAAAGAACUUGAGUACAGGAGAAGAAAACAUUACAGACCAGGCCUUUGAGGAAAGGCUCAGGGAGGCUGAGAAAGCUGUGAAUGACCUUCUCCUGGAUGCCCAGAGCAGCAAAGAUGUAGAUCAGGGCAUGCUGGAUCGGCUUGCAGAGAUAAACACUACACUGAGCUUCCAGUUAGAACGUCUGCAGAACAUAAGGGACAUGAUCCGUGACACAGACAAGCAGGCACAGGAGGCCAGAGAUCGAGUAGAGAACACAGAAUUUAUCAUUGAUUCUGCCAGAGUACAACUGGAAAAAGCCAAGAUGGCCAUUGCCAAUGUGUCAAUUACCCCACCAGAGUCAACUGGGGAUCCAAACAAUAUGACGCUGCUUGCAGAAGAAGCAAGGAAGCUAGCUGAAAGACACAUGCAGGAAGCUCGGGACAUUGAGAAGGCUGCUAAGGAGGCUAAUGACACUGCAAAUGAAGCACUUCGCUUGUUACAAAAAACUCUUGCUUCAGAGAAUCAAACAGCCUUAGAUAUUGAAGAACUAAAUCGCAAAUACGCACAGGCUAAGGACAUAGCCCGGGAGCUGGAAAAGCAGGCUAGCAAGGUGCAUGCAGAGGCUGAGGAGGCUGGAAACAGAGCACUGCAGAUUUAUGCCAACUUGACAUCAGUUCCCAGUAUUGAUACUACAGCAUUACAGAAUGAAGCAGACAAGAUCCAGAAAGAGGCAGAAGAGCUGGAUUCUUUGAUUGACCGAAAGCUGCGAGACUAUGAAGAUCUGAGAGAGGACAUGAGGGGUCGGGAAAUGGAAGUCAAAAAUCUGCUAGAUAAAGGAAAGACUGAGCAGCAGACCGCUGACCAGCUACUUGCCCGAGCUGACGCCGCAAAAGCACAAGCAGAGGAGGCAGCAAAGAAGGGACGUGAAACACUUCAAGAAGCUAAUGAUAUACUAAACAAGCUGAGGGAUUUUGACAAGCGAGUGAAUGACAAUAAGACAGCAGCAGAAGCUGCUUUACGCAAGAUCCCAAUGAUCGCCCAAACCAUUGCCGAAGCCAAUAACAAGACACGACAGGCAGAGAGUGCACUUGGCAAUGCUAAUGCUGACGCACGGGGGGCAAAAAGCAAGGCAGAGGAGGCAGAAGCUCUAGCCAAUACUGUACAAAAGAAAGCAGCCACGGCCAGAGCAGAGGCUGAUAACACCUUCAAAGAAGUGACAGAUUUGGACGGGGAGCUCCAAGAUAUGCUGCAACAGCUGCAAGAAGCAGAGAAUCAGCUAAAGAAGAAGCAAGCUGAAGCGGAGAGUGAUGAGAAGAUGGCUGAAAUGGCCUCUAAUGCAACAAAAGAUGCUGAAUCAAAUGCCAACAAGGCCAAGAAGUCUGUUAAUGGGGUUCUUGCAACGAUCGAUGAGUUGCUCUCCCGCCUCGGGCAGCUAGAUUCUGUGGAUGUUGGACAACUCACUGUACUGGAGAAGACACUGGACGAUGCAAAGAACCAACUGCGUGACAGCGAUCUGGACAGAAAGCUAGCAGAACUUCAGGAGUCUUCCAACUUACAGAGAGUUGCACUAGAUUCAUAUAGUCGAGACAUUGACCAGAUCCUGCGAGAUAUAGCUAAUCUUGAGGACAUAAAGAACACCUUGCCUGCCGGCUGCUAUAACACCCCUAUUAUCGAAAAGCCUUAAAGCCGACCCACUUGGGAAAUAAGGUUGGAGGAUUUCUCUUUCCUCAGCAACCUCCACAUUUGGCUGUGAAGUGCCUUAUUACUCACCCAACCUAGACUUUUUUUUGCCCUGCACACUGUUCACUCCCUGCCCUCUGAAUAUUGAACUGAGUGGAAAGUGUCAACAUCUGAAAAUUGUUCUCUUUAACAUCAAACACCUAUUAUAUUCUGUGUGUCAUGAGGCAACAUUCUGAAAUUGCUGUGUUUCCACCUCAGGAGAUAUGUAUUAGAAUUGAUAUAAGGCUGAGGGAAACAGCCAGCAGGUCUCAAGCAAAUUCUCUGUGCUAGGAGGCCAAACUCCCAAGGGCCAUGGAAGGAACAGUGUAAGCAUCUGUCUUAAACCAGAGAUUAACUGCUUCAGUUCUAGUGGCGUUUUAUUGGCCUGUAGCUCUAGCACUGAUAUGAUUAAUGGAAACUUGCUUUGCUGCCCUUUUAAAAAAUAAGGGCAGUUGCAGCAAAACUCUCUAUUCUAAAAAUAAAGUCCUAGUCCUUUUGCCUUACCAUGCACUAACCAGCUGCCUGGGCUCCAGCCCUAUAGUCUAGCCACACAGCCAGCAUAAGCCCAGAUAGAAUAAAUGCCACACUAAUGUAGGAACAGCCUUUAGUCAUUGGCUGCACAUACAGUCUAUUGUAGCUGCUGCAUCCUUAGUGAACAGAAGCUGGAGCAAGUCUUCCUGAUCAUAAGUACCGGUGAAUUCAAAUGUCUUGGCAUCUCAGAACUGAAUGAAUGAAGAAAGGGACACAGCUACUUUUCCCAUUCCACGAUGAGCAGAUUAAAGGAGAGUGAACACUGUCUAAGUUUUGUCCUUGGCUACAGGGCAUAGCACAGCAUGGGGUUACACCUAGCCAUUCACUUGAACAAGGCUUGGAAUAUCAGAUUAUACAGCAAAUAAGCAUGUAUUUAGUAGUAACUCACUACUAACUGCCUAAUUACAGUUGUCCAUCCACUUCCAGGCAGUCCAUAAACACCAUUUACACUCCGUUAUUUGUAUAUUCCUUUAUAUAGAACUUAUAGAACACAUGUUAAAACGACCCUCUAUUUCUUAUUAUGGUUUCCUUAGUCUGCCUUUUAUAAUGUCCCCAUUCAGUGUGGUGUUACUGUAGCUUAGUUUACACAAUAAGUAAGCGGCACUAUGUACAACAUGCCAUGUUCGCAGAAGGGGAAGGUACAUGAUUCUCACCUUACCAACUUGCAUUCUGUAAUAGCUUUUAUACACCCCUGCUGACAUCACAUGCGUGCCAACCUGAAAUGGGUUCAGAGCUCGGAUCCAGUCCGUCAGCCACUAGAGUAAGUUGGAGAAAGGACACUGGGUUUAGUAGUAAGUAGGGACAUAGAAAGGCAUUAUCCCAUGUGGGGAUAUGCAAUGCCGCUUUUUGCACCAAACUAAGCAAUUUUACACCAUGUUGUAUGGGGACUGGGAUCGGGGUGUAAAACUCUUGUCAAAUGAUUAAGUAGCCAUAUAUGAGGGCAUAGUUCUUGGGCACAGAACACCCCCUUUAAUAUGAUUUUAUAUUGAAGUAUGAGAAAUGCCAUACCUGACUUUAGAAGUAUGGAAGCUUUCUACUCGUGUAUAAAAGCCAGUAUAUACAGAAGAAGAGUGGUUGCAUAAAAUAAGCUGUGCUUUCAGACUUCCAUUAGUGUUCCUUUAAAGGAACACUGUCACUUUAAUUUUUAAAAAUUAUGCUGUUAUGCUUAAAUGUUCAUUAAACAAAACAAAUAUAACUUAUUUUGCUGUCUGUAAACACAGCAACUAGGUCUUGCUUAUCUGCAGCCUCCUUCCAUAGAUUCCUUCCUGUCUGAUUCAAACCUUAAGAAUUCAGUCUGCUCUGAGCUAUUGUAGCUUAUCGAAAGGGAGUUGCUAGGGUUGCCACCUUUUAUAGAAUAACAAAAAUACCAGCGUUCCUGUAUGUUAAUAUAUAGUAACAGUGGCUUUUUUACCAACCAGAUGGUAGCCAUGAAUGCUGAAAUGUGUUGCUUCAGUGCUGCCCUUGCCGCAAUGCUACUUUCCAUAGAUUUAGAACAGAUUUCUGUUCUUUGUCACUUAGUGGUAGAAUGCAGCAUUCACUAUUAAAGAGAACUAAACCGUAUACAGAAAUAAAAUAAGUGAUAGUGUUCCUUGAGGUGAAUAACACUUAUAGAAUGAAGGUUUACUUGCCCUUUUAAAUGGAGCAGUUAUUAGGAUCAGAAUCACAUACCUUAAGAACUUUAUUUUUUUUUUUAAACCAGAGGACGUUCCCCUGGCUCAUGCUUUUAAUGGCUGUUGUUUUCAGUUCCUUUGUGAGGAAUGAAUGACGCAUGUCCCCUCUAGUUCUGAGACUCCAUACCUCUGUUACACUUGGUCUUCUCACAUAGCAGUCCCUCUUCCUAAGGACACACUUUACGUCCCCUCCCUGGGGCACUCGGGGGGGCCGAGGGUGGAACCCUUUUAAUUACACUGGUGCUAUUAAUGAUUUUGAAAUUGCUUGAUUAAUGUGUGUUCUAUUUUUUGUAUCCAGAUUAUAAUGUCUAUUUUGUUUCAGUUUAUCUCUGUUAAUAUAUUCUUAGAUAAUGGGGAGGGGGAGGGAGAAAGGGGUUCUUUUAUUGUAGCUUUCACUGCUUUCUAAGCUGUCCCCCAAUCAUGUCUCCCUCUACUCUCAUUCUCCAUUUCCAACCUUUUGUCUAUCUUCCCAGAACUCUAUGUAACUCAAACCUCCAAAAGUAGACACAAAAAGUGGCUUGCGGUUUCGGCUCAUCCGGACCCCAGAUUUGUGCUAGUGUUUCCUUCCUGUUUCAUGACACCUUUUAACCUCUGAUUGUAAAGUCCAUGUUAUAGUCCCUUUUUUUUAUGUCAGAGACGCUUCUGCUGGAACACCUGAAGAAGCACUUGAAGCGGUGAAGGAGGCUACCCCUUGCACUCUUGGUUAGCAGCCGCUCAUACUGGACUUUUAUUGGGCAGGAAACUGUGCAGGAGAGUUCAUCUGUGGUCAUUAUUUUGUCCAGGGGAGAAGGGGGUUCAACAGAAACACACCACCUUUUUUAUGUAUAAAACAGUAUUUCUUAUUUAUAAUAAAGUGAAUAUUUGUAACCCC